AGAAGGAUGUGCCAAUGAGCUGAGCAGAGGGACGGGCUCGGCGCGGGGCUGCUGAGACGCGGGUGCUGCCCCAGGGAGGUGGUGGCCGGUCGCGACGUGGGGAAACCAGCGAUGAAGCCGCCUGGUUCAUUGCAAACAAGUGAGUUUGACUCAUCAGAUGAAGAGCCUAUUGAUGAACAGACUCCAAUUCAGAUAUCAUGGCUACCCCUGUCACGAGUGAAUUGUUCUCAGUUUCUUGGUUUAUGUGCUCUACCAGGUUGUAAGUUUAAAGAUAUUAGAAGAAAUAUCCAAAAAGAUACAGAAGAACUAAAGAGCUAUGGUAUACAAGACAUAUUUGUUUUCUGCACCAGAGGGGAACUGUCAAAAUAUAGAGUCCCAAACCUUCUGAACCUCUACCAGCAGUAUGGAAUUAUCACUCACCAUUAUCCAAUCCCAGAUGGAGGAACUCCUGACAUAGCCAGCUGCUAUGAAAUAAUGGAGGAGCUUGCAAUUUGCCUUAAAAAUAAUCGAAAAACCUUAAUACACUGUUACGGAGGAGUUGGGAGAUCUUGUCUUGUAGCCGCUUGUCUCCUAUUGUAUCUGUCUGACACCGUGUCACCACAGCAAGCCAUAGACAGCCUGAGAGACCUCAGAGGAUCUGGAGCAAUACAGACCGUAAAGCAAUAUAAUUAUCUUCAUGAGUUCCGGGACAAACUAGCUGCACAUCUAUCAUCAAGAGAUUCACUAUCAAGAUCUGUAUCUAGAUAAAAAAAAGAAUUUCGAACAGCAUAUAUAU